GAAGGGGCGAUGGGAGGGAGGAGUGUCGGGCGAAGGGCGGGGUAGCAGCCUUUCCGCCCCUGCCUGCCUUUAAAAGCGAUGGAAAGCGAGCCAGGGGACACAGCCCUCCCCGGUGCCUCCUCUCUACACAGGCGUCAUGAAUGCUCUUUUGGUGAUAUCGGCGUGCGUGUGCGCGGCCUCAGGCCUCCCGCAGUACUACCCGUACACUGCGUCAGGAUACGCCGCCGUUGCACCAAUCGUAGCUCCAGCCCCCGAAGUGACGUACGAAUACAACGUGAUCCCGGACACCGAGCCCGCUCCCGCGCCCGCCGCGCCCCAGGUGUACGCGGCGCCAGCUGUCGCGCCCUUCGUCCCUACCGAGUACAAGACGCAGUAUCACUCCCAGGACGAGCUCGGUCAGUUCGCCUUCGGCCACGCCUCCGCAGGGCAGGCCCACGCCGCCAGCAGGGAUUACACGGGAGCCGUGCGUGGAUCCUACACCUACAUCAACGCCGAGGGCAAGGAGGUCGUCGCACACUACAUCGCUGACGCCGGCGGCUUCCGCAUUUCCUCCAACGCCCUGCCCGUCGCCCCCACCUUCACCGGUGAGGCCCCCGUCGCCCCAGAGUUCAACCUCGAGGCUCCCGUGUUCGACUUGGAGGCGGCAAAGGACACUCCCGAGGUGGAGGCUGCCAAGGCCGAGCACUUCCGCUUGGUGGAAGAGCACAAGGCCGCUGUGGCUGCUGCCCUGGCUGCUGCCGAAGCUGUAGAACAUGAAACCGAGGCUCCUGCUGCUGAAGAAGUCGUAGAGGCUGUAGAGGAGGCAACCGAAGAAACCGUAGAAGCUGCUGAAGAGGCACCCGAAGAAACCGUAGAAGCUGCUGAAGAGGCACCCGAAGAAACCGUAGAAGCUGCUGAAGAGGCACCUGAGGAGGCGGCCGUGGAGGAGGCCGAGGAGACAACCGAGGCUGCUCCUGAAGCCGCAGAAGAGACAACCGAGGAGGAGAGCGCAAGUCGCCGCAAGCGAAGCGUCCUUCUCGGCAACCAGGUGGUCUUCCCAGAGUUCUACAAGGCCGUGCCCGCUGAGCCACUGACACUGAAGGUCGAGGCACCCGCUGUACACCCAGCGACUGCUCCCGUGUACGACGGUGAGCUCCUGCGCGUUGUGCACAACCCCGGACACGCUGUUGCCUAUCGCGUCUACUAAGAGCCACCUUGAUCACUGGACUCGUCUUUUGCCCAAAUUUACUUAUCCUUCAUUAUCUGCCGUGGUUACCACAACGGCACUUGGGUGAUUAGAUUCUGCAUCUUUCCCUAUCACAGUUCUUCAAUACAUAAUUUAGUCAGUCGCAUGUAAAUAAAACAAAAUUUCAAUCUUGUAAUUGCAACAUCUAACAGGGAGAAACAUAAUCAACACAACUGUAACAGAUAAAACCUCAAAAUAUAAUUGAAGAUCACCACAAA